AUGGCCACCAAGGUGUUCAUCGUUUUCUACUCCACCUAUGGCCACAUCUACAAGAUGGCCCAGUCGGUGAAGGAGGGCGUGGACUCCGUGGAGGGCUGCGAGGGCAUCCUGUAUCAGGUUGCAGAAACGCUUCCUGAUGAAGUUCUUGAGAAGAUGCACGCUGCUCCAAAGCCUGAUGUCCCUGUGCUGGACCCAAAAGAUCUGCCUGAUGCUGAUGGCAUCCUUUUUGGGUUUCCAACAAGGUUUGGGAUGAUGUGUGCUCAGAUGAAGGCCAUGUUCGACGCAACUGGUGGCCUUUGGAUGGCAGGCAAAUUGGUUGGGAAACCAGCUGGGUGCUUCACCAGCACAGCAAGCCAAGGCAGCGGGCAGGAGACAACGAUCAUGACAGCUGUCACGCAGCUCACCCACCACGGCAUGAUCUAUGUGCCCGUCGGCUACACCUUCGGGGCGGGGCUGUAUGACACGGAAACUGUCAGAGGAGGCGCACCAUGGGGAGCAGGAUGCAUUGCUGGGGCAGAUGGCUCCAGGUGCCCAAGCAAACUCGAGCUCGACCAUGCAAAGCACCAGGGCCAGUACUUUGCUGAGAAGGCCAAGCUGCUGAAGAAGUAG